CAAAAACUCUCCUCUUCUGUCAGUGAUGUUUUUAUGAGCUGUAUUCAUGAUGAUACUUCAAAAAGCAGAAAUAAACAAAGAGGUAUUUACAUGUUUUCUUUAUACCUCUGUCUACAGGUGUGUGCACAAUGAACUGAAUAAAUAUCAACAUCUUACCUCGUGACAAAGGUGAAGACAAAUCAAAGAUUUGGACUUGUUGAAUGGAUCAAAGACACCAAAACAAGGAGUGAGGUCUCUGCUGGAAAACACACAACUGGAGGAUUUUAAAGCUCUGAGAGGAACAGACAUUAACUUGGUGAGUCUGACAUCUGAAGGCAAAUAUCAAGAGAAAUGGCUGAGAGAAACGCUCUUUUUGAAAGUUACCUGAACUGCCACGUGUGUGCAGAGACUUUCACAGAUCCUGUGUCUCUGAGCUGCAACCACAGCUUCUGUUCAAGCUGCCUGAAGAAAUUCUGGAAACAAAGUAAGAACAAGAACUGUCCCAUCUGUAAAAGAAAGUCAUCCAAAGCUGAUCCAGGAGUAAACUUUGCUCUGAAGGAACUGUGUGACUCGUUUGCUGGGAGACUGAAAGUGGGAUCAUCUGAGACAGAAAAAGGAGAGAAGAAGGUGGAGGUGGUGUGUAGUAAACAUCAAGAAGAGACUAAACUGUUCUGUAAAGAUGAACAGAGAGCUGUGUGUCCUGUCUGUGAGUUUUCUCUCCACCAGAGUCACACUGUGGUUCCUGUAGAUCAAGCAGUCAGGGAGCUGAAGGAGCAGCUGAAACCUGACUUAAAGUCUCUACAGGACAAGAGGAACAAAUACAAACAAGUGGAGGAAACAUACAAAGAAGUGAUUCAACACUCCAAGAAGCAGCUGUUGUCCACAGAGAAGAAGAUCAGAUCAGAGUUCAACAAGCUCCACCAGUUCCUGAAAGAGGAAGAGGAGUCCAGACUGACAGCUCUGAGGGAGGAAGAGGAGCAGAAGGGGAAGACUAUCAGCAAAGAGAUGAAGAGGAUUCAGGAGCAGAUCUCCUCUCUGUCAGACAGUAUCUGUGCUGUUGAAGAAGACCUGCAGAAACACAACGUGGCCUUCCUCAGCAGUUAUAAACCCACUCAGACCACAGCCAGAGUCCAGUGCUCAGAGUCAGAUCCACAGCUGGUCUCAGGAGCGCUAAUAGAUGAGGCCAAACACCUGGGCAACCUGUCCUUCAGAGUCUGGGAGAAGAUGAAGGACAGGGUCCACUUCAGUCCGGUCAUUCUGGACCCAAACACUGCACACAGCUGUCUCUAUCUGUCUGAUGAUCUGACCAGUGUGAGACAAGGAGACACAUAUCAGCAGCUUCCUGACAAUCCAGAGAGAAACACUAAGACUGCUGAUAUUCUGGGCUCUGAGGGCUUCAGCUCAGGGAAACACAGCUGGGAGGUGGAGGUGGGAGACCAUCCUAGCUGGAAUGUGGGUUUGGCUAAAAAGUCAGUUGACAGGAAGGGAGAGAGAUUUGCUUCACCAGAAUAUGGAUUCUGGUGUUUAUGGCACGGUGAUGGAAAAUACACAAAUGGUCUUAGUGAGACUGUCACAGUGAAGAAGAGUCUCCAGAGGAUCAGAGUCCAGCUGGACUAUAACAGGGGGGAGUUGUCCUUCUACGACCCUGAAGACAUGACUCACAUCUACACUUACAGAAACACUUUCACUGAGAGAGUCUUCCCAUAUUUCAGUAUUGGAAAGUCUGGUAAAACUUGUGAAGUCAAAAUGUGUCAAAGGUCGAUUGGUGAAAAUGUAGAAAACUCAUUUGGACUCUUUCAGCGUCGGACAUGGUGGCACACAUUGUUUAGUUCUUGA